UUGCUUAUCGAUACUGGUGUAAAUCAGGUUAACAUUGCCUAUCGCUGUUAGAACGACGCAUUGUUUUUUCCUCAAAAAUAAUUAGGAACUUAAUAAACCCAUAUAAAAUGAAAACAAAAGCUGAGGAAGAGCCUCCUUUCAGAAAUGCAAAACGUAAAAUAAAGGGGGAGAAUUUUCCAGCGAGAAGGAUACCCGCAAACGUCUUGAAACGCACGCUUGAAAUCGCCACCAGUCCCGAAGAUGGCUUUUGGCUGAACCAAAACCCAUCUUGUUCUCCUCCGGCCAGCUAUGAGUUUUACUUCAGCGUUAGACGAUCAACUGCGUACGAAAAACUACGACUGGCCCGGAAUUGCCUAAUGCAGCGGGACUACAAGAAUUUGGCUAAAAUACUGGCCUCCAAUCAUUUGGGAGACACUCUGCUCCAAAGGGCCUCCUUCCAAACAUUCACUGAAUAUUCCAAGGUUCUUCAAAAGUGCCCAAAAUUCUACACAAAAAUGGAGCAGUUGCGAGUGGAACCGACGCCUCCGAAAAGCCCCACAGUUGAGGAGGAAGCAUUAGACGAAUCAUUAGAUGCUAUUCUGUCCUAGUUUGUAUCAUCUACCCUUUACCCAUUAGUCCUCCCAACAAGUCAGACCGAUUAUUGUUUUUGGUAAAAACACAACCUUAUAUAUGUGUAUAUAUGUAAUAAGCGUUAUGUUCUUCCUUUUAUUUGACUUACAUAUAAUAUCAAUAUAUUUUAAGGUUUUGCUAAAUAAAUACUGAAACGUGUAUACAAAAUGAGUAAAAAGAAUAAGGUGUGUGGUGACUUAAUAAAUCAUUAUAUACACUUUGAAUUUUCAAAUUAAUCAUAUGUGAUAAACAAGUCUCGAUUAUUGAUAUCUCGCAGUUUGUAAUUUUUAGAUACGUUUAUACAUAUUGGGUACGUAAUUGGUAACAACUUCUAGGUACAAAGGGCUUUUGCUUUCCUUUUUGCAGAAUAUGCUUGUAUUUCUUUUUAAAAGCAUUAUUGGCUUUCAAAUUUUGUCCGCAAUAUGGAUAGUUUGGGCUUAGGUUUGGUUAAAUUGAUAUUUCUUUCAACGUUGUUUUAUAAACUCUUUGUCAAACCAUUAACAACAGAUUUAGAAUACUUGAGUACGAGUGUAAGUCAAGAGCCCGAUCAGAGCGGGGGGGCCUUUGUGCAUAUCGCUAGUAUCUGUUUAUGGCAGCAUAAAGUA